GUGCCUUGUUUGUGUUGGAGAGCCCAGUGUCCCUCUCUGUGUGCUGACACCGAGCUCCUUUCAGACCUGGGACAAGGACCUGGAGAUCGUUGCUCAAAACCAUGCACAGAAGUGCAUCUGGGGCCAGAAUGGAGGCCCAGGAAGGGAGAACCUCUUUGCUAUGGACCCAAGCCUGGACGUGAAAUUUGCCAUCGAAGAAUGGUACAGGGAGAAGAAAUUCUACAACUUGAGAACAUCCACUUGUGUCCCUGGGCAGAUGUGUGGCCACUACACCCAGGUGGUCCGGGCAGGAACAACUCGCAUUGGCUGUGGGAAGAGUUAUUGUAAGAAAAUCGAGGGAAUCGAAAAAGAGAACGCACAGCUGCUUGUUUGCAGCUAUUAUCCCCCGGGUAACAUGAAAGGCAAAAAGCCCUACACAGAAGGACCCUCGUGUGAAAUGUGUCCCACGGGCACAGUCUGUGUGAACAACCUGUGUGCAGGUGCCCUGGACACAGAAGAACUGGAGACAAACUCGGACCAGACAAGUGUGGAUCCACCCAAAGGUGGAGCCCCCAGUACCUGCUUGGGGCUUUCGCUCUUCCUCCUCCCCAGUGCCAUCCUGGUGGGCCUUCUGCUCUGAAGGGUCUUCCUCAGCUGUCCCUGCACCCCUUACCAAGGCUUUUGUCAGCGCUGGUUAUUCCACAGCCCUGGUAGGCUCAGGAGACUCCUUGGACAAUUCACACACUCCCUCCUUACGCCGCCUUCUCUGCUGCAGCCCCGGCGAGCCAAGGGCAGCUGGCAGUCCCAGGGGAACUUUGUCCCCUUCCUGAGGAGACCCAAGGGCAGGAGGGUGUUUGCCAUAAUGCUGGUGACCUUGGACGCUUCUCCUUUUUCCUGGCUUCUGUUCCAUUUCCAGGCUGGAAGUGUUGAACUCUCCCACGCACCCACAAACCCAUCUGGCUGGCAGGCCCUGCCACAGCGUGACCCUGGGGACAGAGGGUGACUUGGGGACAAUGAGACAUGGUGGUUGGCUUUGGUAUUUGUAGAUGAGACAUGGUGGUUGGCUCUGGUGUUUGUCAGGAGGAGUUUCCAGCAGAAAUGUUCUUUUCCUUCCCAAUGUGUUUCAGUUUUGGACAUACGUUAUCUCUUUCCUUUUUUGUCUAAAUAGAGUGGCUUUUUUGAGGAUUUCUGUUUCCCCCUGGCUGUGGUGUAGCUCUGGCCAGUACUACCCAGCUGAUCCCCCCUCUCCUCCUCACACUCUGCAGCCCUUGCCUUCUCCAAUGCCACAGAUUUAUUUUACGCGUGUGCCUGCACCUGUGUGCACGCACAGAAGAGAAACCUUCAGAGCUGAGAGAGGCCACCAGCUCCUUCAUGUAGCUUUUACCUGCAUGGCUUCAUUCUUUGCAUAAUUUCUGUGUAUUUGAAUUAGGAUACAGAUUCCUCUUGACACGUAACUUGUGUGUAUGCGGUCAAGGAGAACAAGGCCCCACAUGUGUUGGUACAAUUGGAGCUCCAGACAUACAAGUGACAUUGUUAGAAGUUAUUGGUGGCUCCUGGGCUUGUUGCAGGAGCACUGACAUUGUCUGGGCCACUGUGUUUUGUUACCCCACAUCUCUCCUCCCUUUACCUGAGGAUUCCCAGUCUGGUGUGUUAAAUAUGUGACAAGUUUUGCAGACAGGUGGAAGGAAGACAACAGCCCCCAUUUCUUACAGAUGAGGUGGAGGAUGACCUGCAGGCCAUUAUUCAGAUCCUCCACUGCUGCUCUGUCCUGUGCAUCCCCAGAGCAUGCACUGAAUAAAUCCUGUUGUGAAAAUC